AUUCACUCAUUCAAUUUUAUUGUUUGUUUUUGUUUUCAUUCCUAUUUUUCAUUGAUGAAAAAUUUAUAGUUACAAAUUUUAUUAUUAUAUUCAUAGAAAAAUGUCGGUAGUAUCCAAUAUAAGGAUUAUGUGAAUAAACGCUUUUAUUAGUUCCAACAUGGAAGAUGAAAUAAAAAUAGAAUAUAAGGAAACCAUGGACAAAGAUCCACUUGAUGUAAAUGUACUGGAAACAGAUGAUGAAGAAUCUUUAAUAAAAGAUCCUCUUGCUACUCUUGUGUCAGAAUUGGAAAAAGAUGAAACUGUAGAAAAGAUUUCUCUCGAUGCAUUAGUAUCGGAAAUAGUACAUGCGAAAUCUUCAGAAAAUUACCCCCCACCUACAUAUACAUCUGAAAUAGAUAAUGAAGAGUCAGAGGAAAAUGACCAUAGCCCUGUACAUAUAACCAGCUCGAAGUCUGGUAUCAAAUUACCCAAUAUACCUGUACCAUUUCUAGGGGAGAAUGAAGCUGCACACAUAUUACAGGAAGUAGAUAGAAAGACUCCUGAUCCAGAAGACAGGGCCAAUGAAGCUACACCAUUGUUGCAAGACAAAGAUAAAACUGAAGUCUCUGACGAUUCAGAGGAGGAUGAUUCAGGGUAUACACUCGAUUCUGUAGAUGUGAAUACAUCACACUAUUCAGCGAACUGGUACAAAAAAAUCGACGGCUAUGGCAAACUAAUUUGCAACUUUUGUGACCGCGCAUACUCUGUGAUCACCAGUCUAAGAUACCACGUGACCCUCAAACAUCCGGAAAAAGUUGGUCCCGUAAAAAAAAAUAUUCUACAAAAACGACGAACUAGCCAACCUACGUGUCACCUGUGCAAGAAAAGAUUCAUAUCACUAACAGACUUGAAAACUCAUACACGAGAACAUACUAUACAAAAUGUAUACUCUUGUCAUCACUGCAAUGCGGCUUUUAUUAAUAAUCAAGAACUAGUAGAGCAUUUAAACAAUUAUCACAAUGUGGUACAAAACAAAAGACAUGUAUGCGACACUUGUGGAUAUAGAACGCAUAAAUUGUCCCAUUAUAAGCAACAUAUUGACACACAUUCGACGGAAAAACGGAACAAGUGCGCAUUUUGCGAUUACGCGACUAAUAAUAAAUCAAAUUUGAAAAAUCACGAACGUAUACAUAAAAAUGAUAGGCCGUUCGUUUGUGAUUUUAAUGUAUGUGGGAAAAGGUUUUCCGAUGUGACCGGUUUGAAUUAUCAUAUGCAGAAGCAUUAUCCAGAGAGGAAUACGCUGUAUUGCGACAAGUGUAGCUAUAGGACUGUCUAUAAGCAAUCGUUAAAAGUACAUAUUGAAAGUCACACGAGAAAGUGAUGUAAGUUUCCAUUCCGUAAACUCAUGUAUGGUUGAUUUUAGCCCUCUAGUUUUUUAAAGUCCGAUUCUAAGGCACGCGGAAAAAUAGACAACACGCAAUAGCUUUGUCUCUUUCUAUGGUAUAUAGUCGUCGAGAUAUAUCGCUUUAUGACGACGAAUAUUGAAAAAUACUAGUGAGACACAGAUAGGAUAUACUUCAUAAAUAAACUGUGAUAAGUAUAAUAUUAUAAUAAAGACUGAAUUUACAAUAAACAUUUUA